AUGGUUCAUUCUUUAUCCGUUCUUGCUGCUCUGAGGCAAGCGUCACUGACGGUUGUGGAGACGUUUUGGAUAUUUUGUGAGAAUUCGUCCCUGCAUGGACUUCGCUAUAUUGGGCCCAACAAGGCGAUACGGGGCAACAUCCUGUUGCGGUUCGUCUGGAGUGUGAUCGCAAUGGUGAGUUUGGGGUUUACGCUUCUCCUUGCCAACUCUGCCUGGGAUCAGUUCCGGAGCAAUCCAACGCUGACCACCAUCGAGACGACCUCCUAUCCGGUGUCGCUGAUUGCAUUCCCAUCGGUGACGCUGUGCAAUAUAAAUAAGAUACAUUCGUCUAAAGCGGUGGAGCUUGGUAAACAGCUAAUGGAGUUGGGAAUACCUUUAAAUGAUACGACGGAUGUGCUUUACUCGUUACCCCGAUUGAACGACUAUCGCCCUAUAGAUCAGCGUAUAAUUGCUAUAGAACAGCUGCUAGCGUCGAAAGGAUAUGAUACGGAACGUUUAUCGUUUGAAGUUGCUCCACCAUGCGAAACGAUGAUGAUUCAUUGCUUCUGGUUGAUGAAACCCGUACAGUGUAGAACCUUGUUUCGGCGUACGAAAAUAUUUGCCGGCUACUGUUGCUCCUUCAAUGCGGAUCGAUUUUUGGAGCCCAACUUUACGCGAUCGCAAGAUGCUUUACCGCAGGACAGCAUACAUGUCACCGGGAUUGGGAAGGGUGAAGGACUGUCGGUACUGAUGGACAUUGGCGAGAGUUACUACAUGGCUUCGAAUCGGUUUUCGUACGGCAUAGAGGUAUACGUCCAUCGGUCGUUCGAUUUUCCCGACUAUUCGGACUACACCACCGUCGUACAGCGAGGCACCGAGACGGACGUGUCCAUCUUGCCCACGAUGGUAACGGCGAGUCCUGCGUUGCGCAACAUCCCGCUCGAAAUGCGGGGCUGUGCGUUCGCCGAUGAGGGCAACAUUACGACAAGCGUCCCGUACACGUACAGCAAUUGUAUGAACGAGUGUGAGAUGCGUUACAUUGCCACUGCGUGUCGAUGCAUUCCGCUGUUUAGACAAACGGUUGAGCUGCAAGCAAUGCUGCAGGUUCCCAUUUGCGGAUUUCGGGAACUCGCGUGUUUGUUGGAUUUGAAAGAACGCGUCAGCUUUACAUCAGCGCAGGUGGGCAACAUGGCGGGUAGUGAAUCCAAACGUUCCAACAUUAAAUGUCACUGCUAUCCCAGUUGCACUUUGGAGAAAAAUGAAGUUCACACCAUAACGAAUACCAUCUCCAAGCCCCAAAACGAUUACUAUACUCCAGAAUUCAACUUCUCCGCGUACGGUGUGCUGCACGUGCAUUUUCGUUCGACCAACUGUCUCAAGUAUAGGCGCGAACCGUUCGUCACCUGGCAAACGUUGGUCGCCACCUUUGGUGGAAUUCUUGGACUCUGUUUUGGAGGUUCGAUACUUAGCUUGAUCGAGGCUGUGUUUCUGUUCGGCGUCAUUCCUUUUACAGUGUUUAAAGCGAUGAAGAAUAAGAGCAAGGCUCAUCCUUCACCUACGGUUAAUGCAAUUUCUUAUGUGAACUACCCGCGGCAUCAGCCGUUAGGAUACUUUAGACGCAAGGAAGUUAUGGCGCGAGCCAUCAACAAUGCUGGCGCAAUGUGGGGAACGGGGAAAAGCAUGCCCUCGGAUAACCGACGCUGGAAGCAACACUACAUCGAUGAACUCAGAAUAAUACCGUAA